AUGUCCCGUAAGGGUGGGUGGGGACGCGACGAUGACGAUUACUACGACGCGUACGACGACGACGACGACGGGUUCGACGAGAGCGAGAGCGAUGGGGAGACGGUGACGGUGACGACGACGACGACGACGACGACGACGAAAACGUUCGAGACGAUGAAGACGGCGCCGACGCACCGGACGGUGGGAAAGGAAGAGAUCGCGGCGCGGCGACGGGCGGAGGAGAACGCGAGGCAUCCGGGGGGGGGCAAGACGAGCGCGCGCGGGACGUUCGCGUUCGACGCGCCGUCUCCGGACGCGGCGGCGAAGGCGGCGAGGAAGAGAGGAACGACGAGCGCGGAGACGACGCAGACGCGAGCGGAGGGGUUGACGAGAGAGUUCGAUGUUAAGGCGCGCGUUGGGGGGGGCGAUGGCGCGUUCGAUGGGUACGAACCGUCGAGCGCGGAACGCGCGGCGUACGCCUCGGAGGACGGCGACGUGCACGUGGUGGUGAUGGGACACGUCGACGCCGGGAAAUCGACGCUGAGCGGACGCGUCCUCUACGCGCUCAAGGCUGUGGACGAUCGCGCGGUGCAUAAGAAUUUAAGGGACGCCAAGGCGAGCGGCAAAUCGUCCUUCGCCUGGGCGUGGGUCAUGGACUCUCGACCAGAGGAGCGCGAGCGCGGGGUGACGAUCGACGUGAGCGUCAAACGAUGCACGUUAGACGAACGUCGACAGCUCGUUGUUUUGGACGCACCAGGACACAGGGAUUUCGUGCCGAGCGCCAUCUCCGGCAUGGCCCAGGCGGACGCCGGAAUUUUAGUCAUCGACGGCGCCGUGGGUGGAUUUGAAAACGGAUUCGAGGUCACCACCGGUCACACUGGACAAACACGUGAGCACGCGCGCUUGGCGAAAUAUCUUGGUCUGCACUCUCUCAUCGUAGUGGUGAACAAGAUGGACUGCGUCGAGUACUCGCUCGAGCGUUUUCAACACAUCGUCGACGCGCUCACGAGAUUUCUGGUCGGCGACGUCGGCUUCGGCGCCGAGCAGUUGACGUUCGUCCCAGCUUCGGGCAUGGAGGGAGUGAAUAUAUCGCCGGACGAUUUCGCCUUACCGGAAGUCUUGAAGGCGUGGUACCGAGGACCGACGCUCGUGGACGCUCUUCGGUCGAUCAAGAUUCCGUCGCGCGGCGAGCCCAAGCCGCUUCGCCUACCGAUCGCGGACGUUGUCACGGAGGUUCGUUCUCUCGGUGCGACCGCCUGUGGGGGUAAGAUUGAGUCGGGAAGCGUAUUCAAAGGUCAAAAGGUGUCGAUAAUGCCAGCGAACAUUACAGCGACGAUCAAGUGCAUCGAGAUUGACGGAUUACCCGUGGACUUCGCCGGCGUCGGCGCCUCCGUCGACGUCGGAUUGAGUGAUGUCGAUCCGUUGCACUUGCAAGUGGGGAGUGUUUUGUGCCAUACGGCGUAUCCGAUGACUUCCACGAACGAGAUCGAGAUUAGUGUUCUCACCACCGAAGUUCUUCGCGUUCCGCUUCUGAAGGGCUCCAAGGUGGUGUUGCACUCGCACAUGCUGUCGUGCGACGCGACGGUGGAUCAACUCAUCGCGCAAGUGGACGCGCUCACAGGUGCCGUGAUAAAGCCGAACCCUAGGUGUAUUACGCGCGAACAGAGCGCAAUUUUGAGAUUGAAGACGUCCCAAAACGUGUGCGUCGAGCCCGUCGAAGUUUCUCCGACGUUGAGCCGCGUUACUUUGCGAAUGGGCGGUAAAACGAUGGCAGUCGGCGUCGUUCGCGCGAUUUGGCGAUGA